AGAAGGUACCAUUAUGUAGCUUUUUAGGAUUGAUUUAUUCAAACCGAGUUUAUAAAGGUCUAAUUAUCGUAAAAGAACAGUAUUAAGAUCGUAGCAUCCUAUUACUAACACAAAUAACAUAUUUGUUGUAUCCUCCACAUGUAUAUAGACGGUUGAAUAAGAUAGCGACCCCCCCUUGCUGAAUAAUAUGGUAUCCACCGUCAGAGGCUGAAGCGAAAGCGUGUGUCGUGCCGCGCCGGAUUUGAAACGUAACGUAAUUAAUAGAUAGUUCAUUGACUCCUUGAUUAACUACAUUUGGCGUAAUGCACUCAAGUUCAGUAUGCCUAAGUUAGUAACAAAAGUAAGUUCACGGCAAAGGAAAUUAGGCAACUGGGCUUCUCGUCGCCACAGUUUCUCGACGCAUCGUUUUUGAAAACAAGAACUCCCGCCUGCCUGUGUUCGGCAGGCCAGGCACUGGUCACCACUGUACCGGGAAAUAUGAAGGCACGAAAAUCCCAAUGCGGAACUGAGCCUGUUCCUGUUCUCCUAAGUUCAGAGGAUCUGUGAUGCUAAAACAAGAUGAAGGUAACGUUACAACCACAAAUGGCAAGUAGAGAGUGCGGCAGCUAAACCAUGGGUGAUUUAUUUGUCGACGAAAAUUUCUUCUCUGUGGCUUCUGGUGGUCAUGAGUCGGCCAUUGUGCAGCUUGUCACCCACCUGAAUGAAGUGCAACAAUCUUUGAACAGUCUCUUCAACGAGCUUACCAAGGAUGAAGCAGAAACUCUCAUUGACCUCCUCAGCUGUGCAGAGAACAGUCCGGAGUACAGGAUUCCAGAGGAAGAGUUUGAUGGGGCCGGUCGUGGGGACAUCGCCACUAUCUUCACUAAAUACUACUGCCAGAACAUCCAGGCUGUGGGAGACUUUCUGCAGCAGAUCUGCCGAGAAGAUUUGCUGAACAGGCUCCCCAUGAUGCAAUCCUUUUGUCCAGCUGACAGUGGUUUUUGUAAAGGUACUCUGAAGAUCCAGGACGUUCCUCUCGCUAGUUUUCCGGAGAGACAAUCCACCAUCACCUCAUUCCUGGGACAUGUAUUUUCUGAUGGACACAGUUUUGCUCAGGCCUUCCUGUACAAAGUUCACCCAGGAGAGCCCAUGGAACUGGACUAUCUCAUUGAGAGUUCUGCUGUCCAACUACCCUCUGAUGCAGACCAGCUGAAAUAUCUGGUGAAAAAGCAUCUCACAAAAUUUCAGCUGCAAGUGUCUUACAUCAGUAUUGAACAUAUAGGUGUGGACAUCAGCAGUGUAAUGGGAGAAGUUAAAUUGAUCUACAAUGAGAUGAAGUCUGCUAUUCUUGAAGGGAGCCCAGAGAAGUUGAAGUCUGCUAUACAGAAACAUGGCUAUGGUGCAAUCAGACUUAUUUUGGGCAAAGAUCUAGUGGAGCAAAGCUCAGGGUCCCUGCUUCACAUUGCCAGUAGAGAAGGGCAUGUGAAGUGUGUGACUGAACUUCUGGAGAUUGGAGCCAGUGUUAAUACCUUGGAACAGGAGGGCACUCCUUUGUCCCUAGCCUGCCAGUUUGGCCGUACUGAUGUGGCUGAACUGUUGCUGCAGCAUGAUGCAGACCCAGGGACACCUGUACCAGGGCAGGGUACUGCACUGGAGAUCGCCUCUCGCCAUGGCCACAUGUCAGUUAUUGACAUUGUGCUAGAAUUCUAUCCAGAUCUCGUGAGUUCCCCGUCUGCACUAACAGCCCAACUAUAUGCAGCCUGUUGUGGGGGACACUUGCCUGUUGUGCAGUUCUGGCUUGCUAAUGGAGCUACACUCACAUCUACUGAUGGCCCAACACAUCUGUAUGGUGCAUGUUCAGGUGGCCAUGUUGAAGUUGCCAAGUUCCUUCUGGACUGUGGUGCUUGUGUGACUCAGCAUGAUGUUGAGUCCUUCCCAGAAGUGUUGGGUCUGACCAUGCAGAGGUACAUCUCAUCAAAGGACAACAGGGCUACAAGCUCACCUGGGGAGAACCCACCUCAGCAGCUUGUUGCAAAGUGGAGACAGCGUCAUCUGUAUGCCAUCCAUGAGGUAUGGCUCCAAAACCAUACAGACACCUUGGUGGAGAUUGAUCUCUCCCACAAUGCACUGUGCAGAAUUCCGGCCAUCCUACCAUGGGGAAUGAACAAGUUGGAGAGGCUAGACUUAUCCCAUAAUGCACUUGAAGCUCUACCCUUUCCAGAGGGUAGAGAGAAGUCAGGGGACGUUCUCUGCCUAAGACUGGAGGACAUGAAUGUCUCACACAACAGACUUCAGUGGGUCCCUCCCCAACUGUUUCACAUCCCCAGCCUGGAGAAACUCAACCUCUCCAACAACAAACUCCAAUCUCUGGAGUACACACUGGAGGAUGAGCUCUCUGAUCUCUCCAAUAGGGAGACUGCAGGCAGUGGUGCCAGGUGGAGAUGUGAGAAGCUGAAGAUCCUGGACGUAUCACACAAUCAGCUGUCAGAACUGCCAGACGUCAUCAAAAACACCAAAGACUUGAGAAGGCUGAUCCUCAACCACAACAAGGUCAAGAUGCUGCCCAAUCCCUGGGGAUGUCCUUUGGAGAUCCUUGAUGCCGCCCACAACCUCUUGCGGACCCUACCUGCCAGCCUGGAGUUUUUCUGGUCCGACACAUUAAAGUACCUGAUCCUAAGUUAUAACAAGCUGGAUGAGAUACGUUGGGAAGUAUGCAGGCUGAAGGCCCUGACGGAGUUGAAUGUCAGCUACAACAGACUGGAGAAGUUUCCCAAGCCGGAGCACUGGAAAUGUCCCAACUUGACCUCUCUGGACAUCAGUCACAACAAACUGACCAAUGGAUCAUUACCUGAGUCCCCUAGCACACCAGGUCCUGAGGAAAAGAAGAAGAAGUGGAAGCUCUUUGGAAAGAAAAAAUCAGCAUCAGAGCCUGAAAGACCCAAGUCUUCUAUGUUCUACAAUGAGGAUGACCACUAUUCCAAGGAGAUUGAAUUUCCAGAUAUUUUUAUUCCCAGGUUACAAACCCUACUGAUGAAUGACAACAACCUCCAGUCAGUACCCAACAGCAUCUGCAAGUUGGCACGGCUUGAACUGUUGGACCUCAGCAAUAACCCAGACUUGCAUGAGCUUCCCCUCGCUCUGGGGAACCUGCGUCAGUGCUGGCAGCUAGGGAUAGACGGCCUCUCCCUCCAUCACAUUCCCAACCAUGUCAAACCUGUUGGCAACAGCAAGUCUAGUCCUAAAGUCCGUGACCUGCUGGCAUUCCUGAGGGCACAGCUUAGAAUGUCAGAACCAUGCAACAAGGUCAAGCUCAUGCUGGUUGGAAAAGAGGGCACAGGAAAAACCACCUUGCUGGAUAUGUUGAUGGGAAACCCAGCACGGCAGAACAUGCCCACCAACGGAGUAUGGGUUAGUCAGUGGUGCUGCAACCCUCCAAGGAGAAGGUCCUCUGGACUAUUCAACAGCUUGCCUCGAGAUGCCAAGCUGCAAGCUCCAGACAUCAUGUUUAACACAUGGGACAUGGGAGGACAGGAGGUGUACUACCCCACCCACCAGUGUUUCCUGUCCCAGAACACACUGUACCUAGUCACCUACAAUCUUACUCUGAGAGAGAAGGGCAUCAGCAACCUCAAGCCUUGGCUGCUCAACAUUCAGGCCCGAGCACCAAACUCCUGUGUCAUCAUUGUUGGCACAUUUUUGGACUUUCUUCCAAAGCACGAGAGGGCUGGACAGGUAGCUGCCAUGAGAGAGAUGAUUCGUCUGAAAUACCUUGAACCUGUCAAGGGUUUCCCUGAUAUCAGGGCUAUACAGGAGGUGUCGUGCUGUACUGGAGAGGGUCUGGAGGAGUUGAGGCAGGCAGUGUAUGACGUUGCAUGUAACAUGAAGGACAGAGACACAGGAGAGAAGCUGGUGGGCAGAAAGGUUCCAAGGAGCUACCUUGAGCUGAUGAAUGCAGUAGAGGAGGAGGCCCAGUUCAGACUAAAGACUGACAGACUUCCUGUGCUGAAUGAGGAAGAAACAGAGUUCUCUGCCCUUGUGCAGAACUUGCCUGAUAAUGAUAUCACCACCAAGGAGGACAGGGAACUGGCUGUGAGGUUUCUACAUGAGAUUGGCUCCCUGGUCCACUUCAGCGACCACCUGCGGGGGCUGGACUCGCUCUACUUCCUGGACCCGUCCUGGCUUUGCGACAUGUUGGCCAAGGUCCUCACUGUGGAGGAAAUCAACCGCUUCGUUCGGAACGGUCGCCUCCACAAAAACGAUGUGCCCUUCCUGUUCAAAGACUCGCGGUUCCCUGAGCAGUUCAUCCCCAAGUACCUUCAGCUGCUGGAGAGGUUUGAGAUUGCCAUGGCUGUGGAUGAUCAGGAGCUACUUGUCCCGUCCCAACUGCCCCAGGGAGCCCCAGCUGCUACUGAGUAUGUGUCGCGUAAGCUGCUGCGGAGGUACUACCGCAUGGCGUACGUCCCCAGCGGCUUCUGGAGCAGACUCAUCUCCAGGCUCAUCAUCGGGCUGGAGCGGAUCAACAGGCAGGAAAGGAAAAGUCAACUCCAACAAAAACUUGCAUCAUGGAAGGAGUCGAGGGUGAUCAAGCGCCACCCCAGUAAGAGCUUCAAACUACAGCUGCAGAGGAGCUACUACUGGAGGGAGGCUAUGGAGGUGGUGUACCAGGGAGGGGAGGUCAGAGUUCAGUCCCUGGCUAGUAGUGCUGGCGUGGACCCAUCAGGGAUGGAUGGGGUGGAGAUCAUUGUCAAGUCCGAGACAAAUGACUUCUCAGUCAUGGGUUUUGUCGCUGACCAGAUCGACAUCCUGAUCAUGGAGUGGUUUCCUGGUUUGAAGCAGCAGGUUGACGACGAGGGCCGGCCUCUGGUCCAGUGUGUCAUCCCCUGUCCGGAAUGUUUCAGGAGACAUCCUCACAGAAACUCUGCUGUGAUGGACCCUAAUCAACCCCACGAGUUCACGUUAGAAGAAUGCGGUUUGGUGGCUUUGCAAGAAGACACAGUGGAGUGUUCCAAACACCCUGACACCCCCGUAGAGCUGGCAGAGCUGGUGCCAGAUCUCCUCCUGGUUGACUUGCCAGAGAAGCUGGUCAUGCAGCAGGAAGACUUGAAGGUGGAAUUUACAAAGGAACACCUUCUGGGUGUAGGAGGCGUGGGAGGUGUUUACAGGGCGCUGUACAGGGGGCAGGAAGUGGCUAUCAAAUGUUUCCACUCAGAAGAGAAAAUCAGAAGAGCUGCAGCUUCAGGAAGCAGUAGGGACAGUAGGGGAAGUGACAACACAGAAAGUCCCAUCAGUUCUGCCAGCAGUGCACCUAGUUUUGAUGGACAACUCCUGCGGACCCUUCAAGGCACCCAAGCAAUCAAGGCCUUCUCUGAGCUGCGGCGUGAGGUGAUCGUUCUACGAAAGCUGCACCAUCCCUGCGUAGUAUCACUCCUCGGGGUGUCCAGGCGGCCGCUCUGUCUUGCUAUUGAGCUGGCCCCCAUGGGCAGUCUGCAGUCUGUCUUGAAUGCCAAACAGGAGGAAAGAGGUAACUGGACUGUGGAGAAGAAUCAUGGAGCUCCGUUUGGCCUACUGCUGGGGAGAGAUAUCACAUACAAGAUUGCCCUGCAGGUGGCAUCAGCCCUAAAGUACAUCCAUGACAGGGAGAUUGUCUACUGUGACCUGAAGUCUGACAAUGUGCUUGUGUGGAGCCUAGACCCAAGCGUACCCAUCAAUGUCAAGAUCUCAGACUAUGGAAUAUCCCAGUUCAGCUCACCACAGGGCGUGCUCAGCACUGACGGGACACCUGGAUUUCAGGCGCCUGAAGUCCGACCUGGCAUGGUGUAUGACUUUAAGGUUGAUAUUUUCUCCUAUGCAAUGCUCCUGUAUGAGUUGUCUACUGGACUGCGCCCCCUGGCUCAGUACAGCAGUGGCCUGGAGAUCGCCCAGUCUCUCAGGGAGGGAGUCCGUCCCUCUCUCUCAGACCACAACAUCAGCAUCAAUUUCCCCUGUCUGGAGAUGCUCAUGAGGAAGUGCUGGGUAGCUGACCCUCAGCGCAGGCCCACAAUAAAGGACAUCAUUGAUCAGCUGAAGGACGUGACCUUCUUCUGUCAGCAGAGAGUGAUAGAACUGAACAGCCAGCUGGUCAGCAGCAUGCUGUACAUACAGACACAGGAUAGCAGAGACACUGUGGGAGUGUGGGGAGGGGAGGGGAGCAGGAGAACCUACAGUGUUGUAGAUGUGGAGCAGGAGGUUUUCAGUAUAGACCAAAAGGAACUUCCUGGAGAAAAUGUCUACUGCAUGGCUGGAGUUGGUGGCAACAUCUGGGCAGGCACUGGGGCAGGUGAGAUAGAGGUGUACGGACACAGGAGGCCAGUGGGACUACAGGACCACCUGUGGACCAUCAGGUGUUCACCUGGUCACCAGGUGCUCUCACUCCUGACUCACCAGGUGAAGGAAGUAGAGAACCUGUCAUCAGUAAAGCAGAGAAAGAAGAGGAGAUAUCAGCAAGUGUAUGUAGGGCUGGAUAAUGGUACCCUGAGGCUGUACAGAAGAGCCAUCCCCAACAGUGGUGAUUUGGACCAUGGAGAUGACAACAUUAACAGAACAGAGUCAAUGACUGUUGCUCAGGAGGAAUCUGAAUGGGAAGAAGUUAAGGAGAUUGUUCUUGGUGACAACCCAGAGGAGAGAGUGACAUGUAUGGCACUGGUGAACAAUGAUAAGGAGUUGUGGGUGGGAUGUGGUGGAACUAUUGUCAUCAUUGGCACAGCAACUAAGCUCAAGGAGCACAGUGUGGAGCUGUUCCAUGAUUCCCUAAUUCAGCUGAGGUGUCACGAGAACAGGGUUUGGUGUUUUGAACGUGGAUCUGCCAAAGUCAUUGAGCUGGACCCCAGCAGCCACCAACAGGUCAGGGAGCUCUCGUGUGAAGGAGACCAGAUCACAGUAGGGUCCAUUCUUGUGGUGAAGGACACGCUAUGGAUAGGAACUAGCACUGGUGAUGUCCAGGUAUUCAACAUCAGCCCUGAUUCCCCCCACUAUGACAUUGGACAACUCCU